UUCCUCCCCAGCUUUCCACCACCUUGUAUACAGCGCACGCUCGGCUCGCUAGCUACCGCCAAGCGAGCUCUCCUCCUCCACUUCUGUUCCAUGCACCGCCGCCCGCUCCAGGUUCCUACUUCCUAGCUAGGCGAGGCUGGCAUUAAAGACUGAACGCGCUCCGCGUGUUUCGUUUCUGCGUGUCGGUUCGCCUUGCUGGGAUGGAGAGGCCGUGGAGGGACAAGGACAAGGGAGCGGCGGCUCCGGCGGCGGGGAGGGCGCGGCGGUACGGCGACCAGCCGUCCUUCUCGUCCACGCUCCUCGACGCCAUAUACAGGUCCAUGGACGAGCCUGACGACGGGGUAACAUCGUCCUCCUCAACCGCCGCCAAGAAGCAGAACCAGGACCUGCGCCACAGCUGCUACUACUACAAGGCGUCGCUGGCGGCGGGGAGCUACCGCGGCAGCAGCAGGGCGGCGGCGCCCCGGGGGCCACAGGCCGCCACCACGUCGAGCUCCUCCGAUCAGUGCUCCAGCUACGGCGGGUUCUCGUCGUCGGAGGCGGAGUCGUCGCAGCACCGGCGCCUGCGGCCCAUACGCACGAGCCUCGCCACCACCGCGGUGGCCGUGGCCGCGCCCGCACUCGCGCCGGAGAAGAAGAAGGCCGGCGUCAGCAUCCGCGCCAGGCUGAGGGACCUCCGCCGCAAGCCGGCGUCCCCCGGCCCCGGCGCGCGGCUGGCGGGGUUCCUCAACGCCAUCUUCAGCGGCAGGCGCGCGCCGCCGUCGGCGUCCUCCUGCUCGCGCUCCUGCCUCAGCGAGACGCCGUCCACGCGGGGCCAGCCGAAGCGGACCGUGCGGUUCCUGGACAGCGACGGCGGCGGCGAGCGCCGGAGGACGGUGCCGGUCGGGGUGGCGCCGGAGCUGGAGCAGAUGCUGCUCCACCGGAUGGAGGUGGACAGCGGCGACGACGACGACGACGAGAGCAGCGACGCCAGCUCCGAUCUGUUCGACCUCGAGAAUUUCGCGGCCGUUGACCCGGACGGCGGCGCCGCGUACAGUGACGAGCUGCCAGUGUACGAGACGACGAGGCUGGUGCUGGGCCACCGCGCCAUUGGCCACGGGUACGCGCGCACGGGAGGAGUACCCACCAGAGUGGUGUGAAUUGUGAUCUUGCUGCCGGCCGGGAUCCAUUCCGGUUCCUGAGCGCCAGGGGGUAACUGUAGAAUACAAGUGAGCGGUUUGUGAGGGAAAUGGCAAAGCGAGUUCCAAUCAAUAUCUCAGGCUCUGCAGACAGCCUCUGCGCUGCA